AUGGCUUAUCUCUUUGCUAGUGGAGCAAUUCAGCUUUUGUUCCUUGCUUAUGUACUAGUGAGUAUGAAGCUCGUCAACUUUAAAGGCUAUCUCAAAGAUAUAUUUGGCGGCUACAACAUCCGGGCACCAUUUGAAAAAUCAUCACUUUUCAUCUACCACAAAAAGCAAGCUACUGACAUCAAACCCAAAGGUCAAAGCAUUGAUGAAUCUACUUUAGAAGAGGUUAAGGAAGAAAUAAAUAAACGAGAAGACAUGGAGACCAAACUCCUCAUAGACUCAGACUCCCGCCUCUCUGAACCCAGUGAGAGCUUCAUGUAUGAAUAUGUACGCAUCCUUAAAAUAGAAAGGGAGAAUAGCCGCCCAUGGAUAAACGCAGACGGGACUGCUCAGAACAAAAGUUCUAAUAGCUUAUCUUUUUCAUAAUUUU